AAGUCGUCAGUCGCUCAAGGACGCGGCGCCACCGGCUGAUGAGAGACAUGCUGCGGCUCCUCGGCAACCUGAUCCGCGGCGGCGGCACCGCUUCCAGAGUACUUGCAGGUUCCCGCACAUAUGCAGACUUUGCAUCUGAAGCAACAUUCGAUAUUAAGAAAUGUGACUUGCAUCGUCUUGAAGAAGGUCCUCCAGUUUCAGCGGUCCUGACACGAGAGGAUGGGCUUAAAUACUAUCGGAUGGUGCAUCUGAUUCGACGCAUGGAGCUCAAGGCAGAUCAGCUGUACAAGCAGAAGAUCAUCCGUGGUUUCUGCCAUUUGUGUGAUGGACAGGAAGCUUGCUGUGUUGGAAUUGAAAGUGCAAUCAAUUCAACAGACCAUCUUAUAACAGCAUAUCGUGCUCAUGGCUACUCCUAUACCCGUGGCGUGCCCAUCAAAGAAAUCAUGGCUGAGCUUACUGGCAGACGUGGUGGCUGUGCUAAAGGCAAAGGGGGCUCCAUGCAUAUGUACUUCAAAAACUUCUAUGGUGGCAAUGGCAUUGUUGGUGCACAGAUUCCCCUUGGAGCAGGAAUUGCAUUAGCCUGCAAAUAUUUUGAGAAAAAUGAGAUUUGCGUGGCAUUGUAUGGUGAUGGUGCAGCUAAUCAGGGUCAGAUCUUUGAAACUUUCAACAUGGCAAUGCUAUGGAAAUUGCCCUGCAUAUUUGUUUGUGAGAAUAACAGGUAUGGGAUGGGUACCUCUGUUGAACGAGCAGCAGCCAGCACAGAUUACUACAAGAGGGGUGACUUCAUUCCUGGAAUUAGGGUUGAUGGCAUGGAUUUGUUGUGUGUCAGAGAAGCAACAAAGUUCGCAGCAGAUCACUGUAGGUCUGGAAAGGGCCCAAUUCUGAUGGAAUUGCAGACCUAUCGCUAUCAUGGACACAGUAUGAGUGAUCCUGGCAUCAGUUAUCGUACCAGAGAUGAAAUCCAGGAAGUAAGGAGCAAGAGUGACCCUAUUUCCAUGUUAAAGGAAAGGAUGCUGAGCCAAAACCUGACCAAUGUAGAGGAGUUGAAGGAAAUUGAUGCCAGUGUGAGGAAGGAGGUAGAAGAAGCAGCACAGUUUGCCACCACAGACCCUGAACCAGUCCUGGAUGAACUAGCUAGCUAUAUUUAUUGUAAAGAAACUCCAUUUGAUGUGCGUGGCACUAACCCAUGGAUAAAGCACAAAUCAGUUGGCUAGAAGAAAGCACUUAAUUCGAUGCACCACAGCUUAUAUAUGCAACAUGCACAUUGUAACAUAGGAUUGAAGACCGACAUAAAAUCUGGUUUGCAAGAGAUCAGACAUGAGCUAUAAGCUAAACUGCAUAUUAAACAAAAUUAAGUUGACUUCUUUGAGUUUUGUCUUUUGUAUAUGUACAUAUGCAGUUUUAUUAACCAUAAAUGACCAUUUAUAUCAGAGAAAUGUCUAUUUAAUAUCUACCAUAUUGUACUUGUUCCAGUUUGUUUGAACCUGAAGGUGUUUUGUAAACUGGGGCUGUUUAUGGCUGCAAGUCCAUGCCAAUACAAUAAACGUGUUCUCUC